AUGGAGACUAUGAAACGGAAAUUCAAAGAAAAGGAGAUGAAAAAGGUGUUGAUUUUCAAGAAACCUCACAAUAAAAUACGUUAUGAAAUGUGUAAAGAGAUUUGCGGGUCUAGCAAGGAAGAAAAAGAAGAAAAGAUGAAGAACUUGGCGAUGACUACUCACGAAGGUGAAGGAUGGUUCAAAAAAUCUUUUUUUUCGCGGUACUGUUGUGAGCUUCGGUUUCGGAGAAGAGCGGGUGAAAGAAGGAUGGAGUUUGGUUGCAGUGGAGAGGAAGGAGAAAAUUCAAGAGGAGUUAGAGACAGGUGGUGGCUGAUGAAAGCAGGUUACUGA